UUUAUAAAAGUCGAUUGUUGAUGGGGUCCAACCCACGUGGGCAAAACCAUGGUUUUGGGCAAUGCUUAUAAAAGACUUUAAAUAAGGUGAUCACAUCUCAUACUUUUUGGCAAAAGAGAGAAAUAUGGUGAUAACAACCAAUUGUUGUUUCAACCACCGGCUACCCACCGCCCCUCCUGCCGCAACUCAACCACCACCAUCCGCCAGGCCAAAAAGGGUGAUUUCUUGGAGGAACCAAUGUGUAGUUGGGAUGGCAUGUGUGAUAAUUGGCUUACAAACGGAGGGCAUAGUUGGAAAUAACGAUGAUUAUGCAAUCGCUGCCGAUGCAAAGGCGGUUGUGGAAUCAAAGGUAAAGGGGAAGAAGAGGUGGAGCGAUAAGAGAAUGUGUCCAGCAUGGCAAUUAAAUUCGUUGGAGACAAUUGUGCCGGAAGAUCUUCCACGACCAUCACACAAGCGGAGAUGGGAGGGCGUUGGUGAUCAUCUGAGAGUUGCUCCGCCAGUAAAAGCCUCCACCGCCACCGUCGUUGGUGCCAACAACGGUUGUUUCUCUAUGUAGAUUCUUGAUCACUUUGGUGAAAGAGUAGACGUUCCAUAUACUUAUGGUUGUAAAUAUCAUACAAAAUACAUGUUCAUAUAAAAACACUUAGAUUUGAAACAAUAUUCGACUUGUACUUAGAUUUGGAUUCAUGCUUCAGCUCAAGAUUAUUAUUUUGACUUUACAUGC